AUGGAGCCUAUGAGAAAGCACUACGAUUACUCCACCGCCAAUCCGCAGUUCCUGCUGUGUCCUUGGAGGCGGGUUUUGGGACACAAAUGCGCCAAUGGAGACGGAGCUGGAGAAGGAAACGUCUGCUCACAGUGUGGGAAGAGCUUCAGGUACCAGUGUCGUCUCAAAAUACACCAGCGCAUUCACACUGGAGAGAAAACUUAUCAGUGCUCACAAUGCAAGAAGAGUUUUAUUACACAGAGUAAGCUCAAAAGACACCAGCGCAUUCACACUGGAGAGAGACCGUAUCAGUGCUCACAAUGCAAGAAGAGUUUUAUUACACAGAGUGAGCUUAAAAUACACCAGCGCAUUCACAAUGGAGAGAAACCAUAUCAGUGCUCACAGUGUGGGAAGAGCUUCAGGACUCAGGGUGCUCUCAAAAUACACCAGCGCAUUCACAGUGGAGAGAAGCCGUAUCAGUGCUCACAAUGUGGGAAGAGCUUCAAGUGCCUGAGUGCUCUCAAAAUACACCAGCGCAAUCACACAGGAGAGAAACCAUAUCAGUGCUCACAGUGUGGGAAGAGUUUCAGGACCCGGAGUGCUCUCAAAAUACACCAGCGCAUUCACAGUGGAGAGAAACCGUAUCAGUGCUCACAGUGUGGGAAGAGCUUCAAGUGCCUGAGUGCUCUCAAGAUACACCAGCGCAAGCACACAGGAGAGAAACCGUAUCAGUGCUCACAGUGUGGGAGGAGCUUCAGGACCCAGGGUGCUCUCAAAAGACACCAGCACAUUCACACUGGAGAGAAACCAUAUCAGUGCUCACAGUGUGAGAAGAGUUUUAAUCAACAGAGUGCUUUCAAAAGACACCAGCACAUUCACACUGGAGAGAAACUGUAUCAGUGCUCACAGUGUGAAAAGAGUUUUAAUACAAAGAGUGAGCUUAAAAAACACCAGCACAUUCACAGUGGAGAGAAACUCUCUUGAGUUUUGCUCAAUAAAAUGCCAAUGAAAAAGACACAGAGUUUCUUACAUUUACACUGAUUCUUACUGAUUAUGAUUCAAGAAUAAA